ACACAUGAUUUUUUAAUUUUUUAAUUACAAAUUUUGGACUUCAUUAUUCCUCGAUGAUAAAUACCAAUUACUCUUAUCAUUUCAAGGUACACACUAUUUAUUAAAUAAUUUAGAAAAUUUAUGUACAAGUUAAUAAUUUAAAAUAUUUCACAAUAAAAUAGAAACAAAACAAGAAUGAACAUAAAAAAAAGGAAAGAGGAAAAUGGCGGGUUGUUUGUGGUGAAUUUCAAGAGUUUUUUUGGAUUUGAAUUCAUACUCUUUCCUAUACCGCCGCCUGUUUCUAAUUCAUCGUCACUUUUAGGCGCCAAAUCCCCAAUAUUGAAAAAUCUGAAUUCACACUCCCAGUAAAGAAUUCCAAAAUCACCAUUAUUCUUUAUUGCCAUGGCGGAUUUCGAUUUUCAGCCUCCGUCCUUCUCUCUAGGGCUCGAUUUGGACCUCGAUUCGGAGCCCCACCCCGCCCCUCCGCCCAAUCCAAUACCCCAACCAGCUAAACGAGCUUCAAUCGCCGCCAGUCUGCCCACAAUCGAGGAAGACAACGACGAUUUCGAGUCCCCUGUUAGGGUUUCCGACCCACCUCGAGCCUUCAAGAGGCUCCGCCGCGGACCCACUGCCCGGGUCACACCCGAGACCAGAAACCCGAAGCUCCGGGAUGGGCGGUGCCACGUGGAUGACGAAAUUGAAGGAUUCUCUUCCGAGGAAGACUGCCCCAGAGCAGGCAGUAUUCCUUCGAAUUCUGGAGGUAGCAGCUCAAAGCCGUCAUUAUUUGGACAGAGUGCAGUGACUACAGAAUCUGGAAGCCAAUGGAGAUCAAGAAAGGGGAAAGGAGUUUCAAGUGCUUCGGCUUCAGUCACUGUCGAAAAACGAGGCAGCAGUUUGAUAUUCCCACAAUUAACUGUUAGCCCUUUGAGAAGAUUCCAGUUGAUUGAUUCCGAUUCCGACGACCCUCCUCUGAAUUCGUCUCCAAAGGAAAAACAAUCAGAUUCUCUCAAACACGGAGCUUCUAGAAACUUGGGGGCAAAAAAGGAAUCAGUUGGCAAGUACGAAAAAGAAGAUUUAUGGAGAGAUUUCUGUUCUGAGAAGAGCACACGCGUUCCAACGCCUGUUUUUGACGAGUUCUGCGAAGAAUAUUUCACAAAGGCGAAAACGAAGAAUAAACCAGAAACUAACUUAAAGAAUACUAACAAUGGGAAGAAAUUGGAAGAGGGUUCUCUUCCUUCUGCUCAUUGCUACUUUUUCCAUACCGAUUCGAGGAUUCAGAAGCUAGUUCGUGACCGUUUACCCUAUUUCUUCCCCUUGGGAGCAGUGAACAAUCAAGAAUACACGCAGCAGCAAAAUUCACCCGUUAUUGAUUACAUGGGUCAAUUUGGUCAUGAAGAUAAUUCGAGGAAAACAGUUAGGAAGAACAGUGCCGAAAAGGGACCGACGAGGAGCAAACGAAAUGCUAAAAAAUCGCAAGAUUCUGAGAAUUGGGUGAAUCCAAAGAGUGGUGCUGGACUUCAAAAAAAUGCUGGUAGCAGAAGGGUACAAGCAGUUAGUGAUUCAAGUACUAAAUCGAGUGGUCACUGGUACACAGGCUCCGAUGGGCGACGAGUAUAUGUGAGCAAAAAGGGGCAGGAGUUGACGGGUAAAAUUGCUUACAUGAACUAUAAGAAGGAGAGUGGAACAGGGUUCACGAAUUCGAAGAAGAAAGGAGCUGCUAAGAAGAAAACUGCUGCCAAGAAAUCGACUUCGAAUAAGAAAUGAUUAGUUUUCUUGGUUAUUUUCUCGUUUUUAUAAACACGAUGAGACAAGUCAUUUCUUUGAUUACCGAUGUACAGUUAUUAUAUUGCAACCGACUGUCAUUAUUCUGAAUACAGAAUAUAGUUCGAAAACGUACGCCAC